AAAAAAAAAAAAAGAAAAAAGAAAAAAACAGAAGUUGGCGAUAUCAUAACAUCUAAUUCACAAUUUUGACUCAUUUGAGUGACAAAUAUAGAAAAAAAAGAUCUGUAGGUAAGAAAUGCAGACGAGCGUUGAAAUUAGGGUUUCUGAAAAUGGACUCGCCUGAAUCUUCCAAACCCACCCCCAUCGCCGCUGAAACUGCUGCUAUUGCUCAGGACUCUCCCGUGUUUAGUUUUAUUAGCAACCUUUCUCCAAUACAGCCAGUGAAGGCACCAUCAGUUAGACAAGAUUUUGUGGAGGUCAAUUCUCCUCCACUUGUAUUCAAAUCGCCUCGACUCAAUCCCCGUAGCCAGCUAAUGUCUCUUAAAAGGUCACAAUUCCCUAGGCAAAUUCUUUCAGAGUUACCUGGACAGGAUGAACAUGGAAUGAACAGUGUCCCUACAACUAAGUUGGAUGAAAAACCGGACAUUCAGCUGUGCACGAACGAAGAGGAAGGCUCAGAUAGGAACAGACCUGUAAACGAUCUAGAGAGAAGUGCCAUCGGAAGUUCUGAGCAGUUCUUGAGAGAUACAAUGAUCAUGGAUUCUGUUGGUUCAGAAUUUUCAUUGGAUUCAACCAUGAGAAAAUCUGAAUGCAUUGAUCAACCAUUGAAUGCUGUAGUAAAGCUUGACUCAGAACUUAAUUCAAGAAUUAGUGAAGAAGUAGGGCUUGCACCUCCUUUCAUCAGUAGGCAAGGUGAAGAGGUACGUAAAGAAAAUAUACCAGUUGAUGCGAGAGGAACGGAAAUAGAUAAAACGCAGGGAGAUGGUGAUUACGUUGAUCAGUGUCCACAGAUUGGACAUGAGUUACCUGUAGACAAUGCUUUGACAAGUCGGGAUAAAGAAAAUUAUGUAACUGAGUUCCAGAAUGUAGAAGCGGGGCAGGUCGCUCUCUUGGAUCCAUCCUCUUAUUUGCUCUCUGGACCAACAGAAAUUGGGAAAAGGAAUGAAUCUUUUGUUGAGGCUAAUGGAGCAGCUUUGACUGAACCCUUUCUCAAGAAAGUGCAAAAUGAUCCCGAGGUUUUUCAACAUGGUGGGACCCGUAGACGUUGUCUGCAGUUUCAAGAUUCUCAGUACAAAGCAAUAUUAAAUCAGUCUGCAGAAAUUCCGUCUAAUUGUGAUGGAAUAAAAUCACUAUCCCUAGAGACACCAUCAAUGCCCAUCAAUGGCAAACACGAUGAAGUGACUCAGCUCGUAAGGUACCCUAAAAAUUAUUCGAAUUCUACCAUCAACAUUCCCAAGCCUUCGGGUAUUGGCUUGCACCUUAAUAGUAUUGUCAACACGGUGCAACCGGGAUCUGGUGCAAUCGUAAACGUGAAAUCAGCUCACGGAAACUUAAGUGUUACUAGGAAGAAGUCCACACUCACAAUCAACCCUCGUCUAUCUGAGUACUCAAACAGCUCUUCCGUAUUAUCUGUGGUUGAGAAUGCCUUAGAAAACACUGAUGAUAAUACACAUGAAAUUCAAGACUCAGCAGUAGCUAUGACAGCUAUGCCUUUGUCCAAUCAUAUUGUCCAACCUUCAAACAACACCGUCGUCUUAAAUUCAGUAGGGGAUCAGUCAACCCCAGGUAAUAAGAGGAACUACACUGAAACAGAUGAUGGCUCUGAUGAUUUCAACUACAAGUCAAGUCCCAAAAAUAAAAGGAUGAAAUCAUCGGACCCAGGUAAUGCUGGUGGUUGCAAAAAUUGCAAUUGUAAGAGGAAUAAAUGUUUGAAACUUUAUUGUGACUGUUUUGCUGCGGGGAUCUAUUGUGCGGAUUCCUGUGCUUGCCAAGAGUGCUUUAACAGACCCGAAUAUGAAGAUACAGUUCUCGAGACACGACAAAAAAUUGAAUCUCGGAACCCUCUUGCAUUUGCUCCUAAAAUUGUACAACAAGCCAUCGAGCAACCUGCAACCAUUCAUGCGGAAGACGGUACCAAUUUCACGCCAUCCUCAGCACGGCAUAAAAGAGGGUGCAAUUGCAAGAAGUCGAUGUGUCUCAAAAAGUACUGUGUGUGCUAUCAGGCGAAUGUUGGAUGUUCAGAUGGAUGCCGAUGCGAAGGAUGCAAAAAUGUUUUCGGCCAAAAAGGAGAAUAUGGCAUGAUUAAGGAUGUAUGGAACGAAAAAGAUACCAAUGUAACAACAAAUGGUUCAUUUCUUGAAAAAUGUGAAAUUGAGCCAUCUGGAAAUGGUGUACACCGUGACGAGCUUUACAAUCUACAUAAUUUGAGUCCUAUAACACCAGCUUUCGAUUUCUCAAACCAUGGAAAAGAUGCAUCAAAAGCUUGGUGCCAUUCUGGAAAGUACUUCGAGUCGCCUGAACCCGGUUACACGUUCGUAGCACCAUACAUGAUGUCUUCAGAAUCUUCUAGAAGUUCAGACAAUCAUGUUCUGAACUCUGAAACUGGCGAGGGAAUUCUUGAUCGGGUUUCUUUUGAGCAAUCACAUCACGGUAAUUCAGAAAUGGUGGACGAAUUAUUAUCCGCAGAAUUUCACCAUCCUGGUACAAUGGGUCGUCUUUCCAGUACACCAAAUCUUAAGAAUUGGGCCGAUAAUUCAAAAAGUCAACCCUUUCCUGCACAAAGACAUUCUUCAGGGAGUUCUCUUGUUUGGGGUGGCUCACCACAAACGCCAAUGGCUCAGUUUAGCGGGACUAAAAUGCACCGAGAGCUUCAAUUUGACAGCGGGUUAUCCAGCAUCGCGGAAGAUGAUAGACCAGAGAUAUUAAAAGACAAUUCUACCCCUAAUGAUGCUGUGAAAGUAAGCUCACCAAAUAAGAAACGAGUGUCUCCUCCUCAUCGACGGCAAAACGAGUUUGAUUCGAGUUCAUUAGCUGGGCUUACAAGUGGGCGCAAGUUUAUACUGCAAGCUAUUCCCUCGUUUCCACCUCUUACCCCAUGCGUUGAUUCCGAAACAGUUACCACUCAGCACAAAAUUGAUCCUCAAAAUCGAAACGUUCACAAAUAAGCUAACAUUUUAGAAGAUACACUGUUAUUCAGGGACAUCGACAACAACUUUUCCAACUCGUGCGCGAGUCAAAAUCUUGCCAGCGCAUACAAAUGUUUCUACUCAGUCGUACAGUUAAACGAAGAUGGCGCAUAAAAUCACGUUAUUUGAACAUAUUAAAACGGAAUUUAAUCUGCCAGUGGUCCGGAGAAAUCAUGUUUAAGGUUUGAAGAAUGGGCCGUGAAAUCUCCAAAACCCGUGCCAUCUCAAACCACAGAUCAGGGAUCUUUCGUAUUCGUUCGUUCAUUGUUAGAGAAAAACGAGGUCUACUCGAUACAGCCAAACAUAUCAACUUCUAAUGCACAUUUGGCAGACACGAAAUCUUUGCAAAGGUAAUUGAGGACUUAUCUUACGCUUUGAAUUCUUGCCCGUCGUUUUUUUUUGCCACAUCAAUAUUAGCACAGGAAAGACAAAUAUUACUUACACAACAAGAAUACGUACAUCGAACUGCCGAUGUAGUUUUUCCUUUCCCCUUGAUUAUUUACGAGAGCUUAUAUUUUUCUUAAAACCAGAAUUUAUGGUUGAUUUUAGUUUGACUAGAAUUCGAUUUUUUUUAUUGUUUCUAAUACAUUUGUUCAUUCUUGGAGUUGCUUUCAUAUUGUGAAAUUUAUUUUGUUUUUUUGUUU